AAAGAAGCUUAAUCUUCUUAUUUUAAUAUUUUGAUUAUGCUGUCUGUGUGAUGUCGAGUAUUUGAAAGCUUGAAAUUUGGGUUCUUGCUUUUCGGUUCUCGAUUUUCCCACACAGUUUUUCUCUCUCUCUAGAUCAAAUCCUCGCCCAAUGCCUAGGGUUUUCUCUCUCUGAGAUCUCAUCCAUCUUCUUUCUCUCUUUCUCAUUGGCCGCUACCUACUGUUCUUUUUUUGUCUUACCUUCUUGGCUUUGAUAAAGGCAAUGGAGUUUUGAUGUUACUGGUUUUGUAGGCUGUAAAAAUUUGUAAUUUUCGAUUAGCAGUUUUUCUCAAUAUAUAGGCAUUUUUUCAGAGGAAGAAAAAAUGCUCUUUUAGGAUUGGUGUGAGACAAGAAGUGUAUCUAAUGAAAUGGUGCAAUAAGUAUGAAUAUGGAUAAGAAUCUGGAUUUUAAUAGAAAAUGGGUAGCAAGCCUUUUUUCAUAAGGAGCUAUUUACAUUGGCAUGCGGUGAGUAGGUGGUGUGGUGUUUGUUAGUGAGUGUAGAAUGCCACUAUAAAAAUUUUGAAGAAUGGAUGAAGAACGUAUGUUGCAUCCCAGUUGGACUGACAAGAGUCCAUCUGAAAUGGCAGCCGAGUCACGUCUCUUCAUUUUCUCUUGUGUUAUUGCUGGCCUGGUUGGUAUUUUGACUAUUUUUUACACGGCUUUCCAAUGGAGAAGAAACAUUAACUUAAGUUGGAUGAAGGCUGUAGCUAGGUCGAAGAAAAACCCAAAGGCCAAGCAUAAGGUUCCUAUUGCUCCUCAUACUUGGGAGCUGGAAUCUGUAUCCCGUGGAAAGAAUUUGAAUUGCUGUGCUUGCUUAAAACCAAUGUCACCUUCCCAAACCUUAGGGCCUAUGAUGUCUUCAGACAGUUUCAUUCACCGUUGUAGCAUUUGUGGUGCAGCGGCUCACUUAAGCUGCUCUUCAAGUGCACACAAGGAUUGCAAGUGUGUAUCUAUGAUUGGGUUUGAGCAUGUGAUGCACCAGUGGGCAGUUCGAUGGACAGAGCUUACCGAUCAACCUGAUGAAGCUUCCUUUUGUAGCUACUGUGAAGAGCCAUGUAGUGGGUCUUUUCUUGGUGGAUCUCCUAUAUGGUGUUGCUUGUGGUGCCAACGACUCCUACAUGUGGACUGUCACAGUAGUAUGUCUAAUGAAACAGGUGAUAUUUGUGAUUUAGGACAAUUCAGAAGGUUGAUUCUGUCACCUCUUUAUGUUAAGGAGUUGAACCAGAAUUAUGGAUUUCUGAGCUCUAUCACUCAUGGCGCAAAUGAGUUUGCUUCUUCAGUACGGGCAACCAUUAGGAGUCAGAGCAAGAAGCACAAGCAUAAUAAUGAAACUUCAGUUGAUACAGGUAGUACUGGUAGCGUCUGUGACAUAUGCACAGAGAGCACUGUUGAUUCCCCUCAAAAUGCAAAUGGUUCUCAUGCGAUAGAAGAAAACUGCAAUGGUAGCAUGAAUGUGGGAACACCACGCCAUGAUGGUGGCGUAGAUAAGAAACUGGAGUCAAAGCCCAGUUUCAAAAGAAGUGGAUCACUUAAUCAGAAGGAUGAAUCUCAAGCAUUAAGGAUGAAACAAAGAUAUGAGCUAAUUGAUCUGCCACCAGAUGCAAGGCCUUUAGUGGUUUUCAUCAACAAGAAGAGUGGAGCGCAGCGUGGAGAUUCCCUCAAGCAGCGCUUGAACCUUCUUUUGAAUCCUGUUCAGGUCUUUGAAUUGAGUUCAACACAGGGACCAGAGAUUGGUCUUUUUUUAUUCAGAAAGGUGCCUCACUUCAGAAUACUUGUAUGUGGGGGAGAUGGUACUGUUGGUUGGGUUCUGAAUGCAAUAGAUAAGCAAAAUUUUGUUUCCCCACCCCCAGUUGCUAUUCUUCCUGCUGGAACUGGAAAUGAUCUGGCCAGAGUAUUGUCCUGGGGAGGUGGCUUGGGCUCAGUGGAGAGACAAGGAGGCCUCUGCACAGUGUUGCAGCACAUAGAGCAUGCUGCAGUGACCAUUCUUGACCGCUGGAAAGUAGCUAUUUUGAACCAACAGGGGAAGCAACUUCAAUCUCCAAAAUUUAUUAACAACUAUCUUGGGAUUGGUUGUGAUGCGAAGGUAGCUUUGGACAUUCACAACUUACGGGAGGAGAAUCCUGAGAAGUUUUAUAAUCAGUUUAUGAAUAAAGUGCUUUAUGCAAGAGAGGGUGCUAAGAGUAUAAUGGAUAGGACAUUUGCAGAUUUUCCUUGGCAAGUUAGAGUAGAGGUGGAUGGUGUUGAGAUAGAGGUCCCUGAGGAUGCAGAAGGUGUACUUGUUGCAAACAUUGGAAGCUACAUGGGCGGUGUAGACCUUUGGCAAAAUGAGGAUGAGACAUAUGAGAAUUUUGAUCCUCAGUCUAUGCAUGAUAAAAUACUGGAGGUUGUGAGCAUAUCUGGAACUUGGCAUCUUGGAACACUGCAGGUGGGGCUUUCUCGUGCUCGAAGACUUGCGCAGGGACAGUCGAUUAAGGUACAGCUCUUUGCUGCAUUGCCUGUUCAAAUUGAUGGAGAACCUUGGUCUCAGCAGCCAUGUACAUUGGUCAUAUCACAUCAUGGACAGGCCUUCAUGUUGAAGAGGACGGCGGAGGAACCCCUAGGUCAUGCAGCUGCCAUAAUAACUGAUGUGCUUGAGAGUGCUGAAACAAAUCACAUAAUUAACACUUCACAGAAGCGAGCUCUUCUUCAAGAAAUGGCAUUAAGGCUGACUUAAGAGGUGGUUUUUUUUUUUAAGCUCAAAGUAGUUACAGUCAGCAAUGUGGUCGUUGCAGGGGCAUUUCUCAAAAAUAUUUAUUGGUCUAUGUCAUCUCUGUCUCUCUUUUUCCAAUGUCUUCAUCAUGAUUUCAGCCAAAGCUUCUUGUUGAAUCGUGUGUUUGUAUAUGAGUUUUCUUGAAGUCGUUAAUACAGAAGGAGCCCUCAAAUAUAGUGAUGGGUAUAAUUUUGGAAAAUGUUAUAUGAAGAAAAUAUAGUGAUUGAUUAAGAUGAUAGUUAUUGA